GUCUGUGUGGAGUAGUGGAUCAAAUUAACAAAGUAUAAAUCCUUUAGUUUAAGUGCGCUCACACGAAUAGCGAAUAUGGUUAUAUUGUGUUUGAUUUAUUAUUAUUCUGAGAAUAGACAUGUGAUCUUCUUCCUCACACGAAUUGCUCCAUAACUUGUAACGUUAACAUUCUACGUCAACAUUUGGAGGUGAUAAAUGCUGGAUUAAAGCAAUUAUGAUAUAGCAUUUCAUGCGUGUUUUCCGCAUAGACUGUAUAUGAUUCUCCGAGCCUGUCAAUCAACAUUAGAGCGCCACCCACAGGAUAACGCAGGGACGGACAUCUGUCAAAAUAAAUAUGCAUGUGUUUAGGAGAUUAGAAUAUAAAGUUUAAAGUUACUAUAAAGUUUACUAAAUGUUUUUCACAUAUUACUGCUAAGACCCAGCUACUAUCAUCCCUUGUAUUACAGCGUCACGCGCCAUCUUUGUAAACACGACUUAUUUUUUCAAUCCCCAAGAAUAAUCACGUCCACGAAUGCGCGUGAGGAGGGGGCGUGGCUACAGCACUUACAUUUUUGCACUGAUUGACUAUCAAAUGUGUGCAGACAGAGUGUCAAUCAAUGCAUUGGAGAAUACAGUGAACAUAAAUGAAAAGAAACCAAGUUGCUUGUCAUGUUUUCCUAGCAAGCAAGCAUAAAUAAGCCCCAAAACCGCAACACGCUUCCCGAUUUGUUCACGCAACUUUACAGAAACGAAAAAAAAAAGAAGAAAGACAAAGUUCGUAUUAUAUGCAGACUUGGCAACUCUGGUGGGAACACACACUGAAGUUAUCAUGUGACUCCUAUCUCCUAAUCCCUGAUUGGUGGACCUGGGGGUGUUACAACUCUCCCCUACAUUAACUGAUGACUGCGCACUCCGAUGCGCUCGCGCAGCUCACCCCUGCCGACACCUUUCCUUUAGAAAACCAUUGUUUGGCUCAUUUAUUUUUACCAUUUCACUUUGCACAGUGUUUUUCCAUAUGCUGACAUUGUUCAGGCCGAUGCUCGGUACCACAGCUCUUACAACUGUCCUGCUCCGUGCCUUGCUUUCCUUUGAAGGAGUUUGCACCGGCAUCCUGUAACCUCCCGUUUCGACGUGAAUCUGGUCUCUGCUCUGACAGAUCUGAAUUGCCUCUUUCAAGGUAAACGGUCGGUGAGCAGUAGAUUUGGCCAGAACAUCAUCCAGCUUGUUUCUAUCAUCCUCGAAGACGAAGAUGCAGUGAAAUGGCUGAAGCCACGGUUUCGGAGGAUCAGUUCAUCUGUCCGGUGUGUCUGGACCUCCUGAAGGACCCGGUGGCCAUCGCCUGUGGACACAGUUACUGUAUGAGCUGCAUCACAGACUGCUGGGACCAGGAGGAUCAGAAGAGGGUCUACAGCUGCCCUCAGUGCAGACACACCUUCAGCCCCAGACCUAGUCUCAGUAAAAACACCAUGCUGGCUGAAGUGGUGGAGAAACUGAAGAAGACCGAGCUAAAAGCUGCUGUUCUUGCUGGAUCUGGAGACGUGGAGUGUGACGUCUGUACUGGAAGAAAACACCGAGCCGUCAAGUCCUGUCUGGUGUGUCUGGAGUCGUACUGUCAAACCCACUUUGAGAGCCAUCAGGAGUUUCGCUCCGGAAAGAGACACAAAGUGACCAAUGCCAAUGGACGUCUGCGGCAGAUGAUCUGCCAGAGACACGAGAAGCUUCUGGAGGUUUUCUGUCGUACUGACCAGCAGUUCGUUUGCAUGAUGUGUGCAAUGGAAGAACAUAAAACCCAUGAGACUGUGUCAACUGCAGCAGAGAGGACGGAGAAAGAGAAACAGCUGAAGGAGACGCAGAGAAAGCUCCAGCAGAGGAUCCAGCAGAGACAGAAAGAUCUCGAGCAGCUGAGAGACGCUGUGGAGUCUCACGAGCGCUCCACACAGACGGCGGUGGAGGACAGUGAGAGGAUGUUCUCUGAGCUCAUCCGCUCCAUCGAGAGACGGCGCUCUGAGGUGACACAGCGGAUCAGAGAUCAGGAGAAGACCGCAGUGAGUCGAGCUGAAGGACAGAUGCAGCGACUGAAGCAGGAGAUCGAAGAUCUGAAGAAGAGAAACACUGAGCUGGAGCAGCUUUCACACACAGACGAUCACAUCCAUUUCCUGCAGAGUCUUCAGUGUUUCUCGACUCCUCCUGAAUCUACAGAAGACAUCUCUGUCAGUUUCCUCUCUUCUUUUGAUGGCGUGAGCGAAUCUGUCCGUCAGCUGAGACUCAAACUGGAGGAUUUCUGCAAAGAGGAGAUCAAUUCUCUAUCUGUCACUCACAGUAACACUGUCCCCAGCACCAGAGAGGAUCUCCUACAAUAUUCUCAUCAGCUCACUCUGGACCCAAACACGGCACACAUACGCCUCAGUCUGUCUGAGGGGAACCGAGUGGUGACUUGCACCGGCACAGCUCAGCCGUAUCCUGAUCAUCCGGACAGAUUUGAUUAUUAUCCUCAGGUGUUGUGUAGAGAGAGUGUGUGUGGACGCUGCUACUGGGAGCUGCAGUGGAGUGGAUCUGUUUAUGGUGUUGGUAUAUCAGUGUCCUAUAAGAGCGUCAGCAGGAAGGGAUCGGGUUAUGAGUGUUUCUUUGGAUUCAAUGAUCAGUCCUGGAGUUUGUCCUGCUCUCCCACCAGUUUCUCAUUCUGGCACAAUAACAAACAGACUAAACUCCCCGUUCCCUCCAGCUGCUGUAGGAUAGGAGUGUUUGUGGAUCACGGAGCAGGAACUCUGUCCUUCUACAGCGUCUCUGACUCGAUGAGCCUCAUCCACACGGUCCAGACCACAUUCACGCAGCCGCUGUAUCCCGGGUUCAACGUCUAUGGUCGUCAAUCAUCAGCAAAACUAUUAGAAGUAUGUGCAAUGUAGAGAUUUUACACUUUGUACUGUUAUCAGGGGUUAAAGCAAAAAAACUGAACUUUAUUCCGGGGGUUGCGUGGGGUGGACAAAAACAGAUAUUGAUUUUUCCUUGAAACUAACUAGGAACGUAUCUGCUAUUGCCAUUAGCGCUUUAUACGCUCAGACUACAGAUUAUGGAGGGAUAUUACAGUUACACAAAACUACAGUUCAGUUCAAUUAACAACAACUGAAACAUUAACAUGUUCAAGAGCUGGUAACUUAAACAGGGUUCGUACAGAUACUGCACAACAAACUCCCAGGAUUUCAAGGACAAAUCCGAUCUCACUUAUCAAUCAGUAUUGUUAUUGUUAAUCAAUAUCUUUCAAAUUCCAAUAAACUAAUUAAACAAAAUGUUACAAAUAAUGUGGAGCACAUGCAAUGACUGGCAACUUGAACAAUUGAAAGAAUACUAUGACAAAGUUAUCCUUUUCUUAUUCAAACUGAUUGUAUUUUUUGAAUAUAUGAUUGACCUGAAGAAUGAAAGCUACGUCAUAGAACGAGACAAUGUUUUA